UGUAGAGGUUGCCGUCUUGAUAAAUGUCUAAUUGAGGGAAUGGAUCCUUUAAUGGUUAAAACUAAUGAUAUGAAAUGUCGAGAUGAAUUUAUUGAAAUGUUAGAAAAACGCCGAAAUAAAUUACACAAAAAUCUCGACAAUUUAAAAGAUGAUCGGCACGAAGAAGAAGACGAGUAUUUACAUGAUGGAAACGAAAAUCUAAAUUAUAAUGAGGAAGAUGAUAAAAUUAUUUGUGUUAAAAAUAAAUAUAAAAAAUUAAAAAACAAACAAAAUUACUCAGAAAAACACUGUCAACAAAAUUAUCUCUUAGCACCUUUAAAUGUAGAAGAUAGUCAAAUGGAACAUUUAAUUCGAAUUUGUGAAGCACAAAGCCGAAUUAGAAAUGCAUCUAUGGAAUUUGAUGACCAACCAUUUUUAUCUUUAAAUUUAAAUUCUUUGCAAGAUCUCUUAACUGAUGGGCCAAAUAUUAUAUUAAAAGCAUCUGAAUUUUCGGUAAAAAUAAUAUAA